AUGGCGACAGAAUUUCCGACAGAAGACGCACAGAGAGUAGAGAAUGGAGAUACACAAGGCUCUGCGACCACGUCCGAGGGCAACAGACCUCGCAAGAAGGGCAGGGCCUGCAUUCCGUGCCACGAACGCAAGCUCAAGUGCAACGCCUCGGGACUAGGAAGUCCCUGCACUCGAUGUAUCACCAGUGGCCGAGCAGAUAUCUGUAUACCUUUCCCAGAGAGACCACGAUGGUACGAUCAGGCACUUCCUGCAGACCUAUACAUUUCAGAUCUAACACGUGAAAAAACCAGCGUCAAACGAAGAAAGACAGCGAAUGCGUCGUACACGAGUGUGCCAGAUAUUUUGGGUGAAACCCAACUUCCGGGCUCUGAUCACAUGGGCACGUCGCUGGUCGAAAUCAAUCCCUUGUUGGAUGACCCUCGUAAUAUAUCAAACUUGGAUGACAAUCCUCCAGCGAACGAGCACAACUCUGGAACAAAAGCCUCUGAUGGUGAGUUGUCUGCCCGCACCUCCACUUGCUGGCUCGUCAGUCCCCUGGGCUCCAAAGCGACUGAUCAUGAAACUGUGGCAAAAGGGACGGACGAGUCUUGCGUAGCAGUCGAGGAGGAAGACGCACACCUGCAAAUGUACUUGGAGAUGUCCAAGUGGCCGUUCGACGGGGCAUCGCCCACGAAAUUGUCGCACCCGGAAAGCGGCAGGGAAGUCAUCGAGCUGUUGGAAGGCGAAGAUUCGAUUGCGAUAUUGGGCGAGGCCCUCGGACGCAAGCAGCGCGGGAGACUCGUGCGCAUCGUCCUCAAAGAUCCCCAUCGCCCGGGGGAUCCGUCUCGAAGUCACCCUCAGAUGGACGCGGUCGACUACGAAUAUUUACAACGCAAAGGCGCCUUUAGGAUGCCGCCCCGUGAGGCACGUGAUAAAAUGAUUCGUUUGUAUUUCGAGCGCGUCUAUCCCUAUACACCCGUACUGGACCGAGAAGAGUUCAUACAGGAAUACAGAGCGGAUCAGUGCUCGCCCUUUGUGCUCUCGGCGAUGCUGGCCAAUGUGGUUCCCUAUAUGUCGCUGGAGCUCUUGCUUGAAGCUGGCUUCUCAGACCGCCUGGCUGCGCAAAAGUCAUUCUAUUCCAAGGCGCAAUUGCUCUACGACUUUUGCGCCGAGAGGAGGCCGCUCCGGCUCCUCCAGGGUUCCCUGAUCCUGAGCUCCUUGAGUCCGUCCUUCUCGCCAGACCGGGACUUUCGCUACUGGCUGACAAACUCGGUGCGGCUGGCGAUCCAGAUGGGAUUUCACCGGGAACACGUCUUCAAGAAUUUGGGCCCGGGCACGGCGAAGCUGUUUCGUCGAAUCUGGUGGGCGCUGUACAACCGAGACGUCCUCUUGAAUGUGUCGGGCCACUAUACCGUCAGGAGGAUUCGCGACUGCGACUUUGACACAAAGAGUCUCACCGAAGACGACUGGGAACCACCGACGGCGGAGCCCCGGGACGAUCUGAUCCCCCCGAUUCCUCGUAUACAAAAGCUCUAUUUCCUCGAGGCGUGCAAAUUGUCAAUCAUAUGCGGACAAUUUAUCCAGACAUUCCGCACAGCAGGAGUGACGCCGUCAGAAGAGGACUGUCUGAGGGUGGGAAAUGCGCUCACAAGCUGGCGGUGUGCACUGCCAGUCGAGUUUCACCUGCAGGGCGUUGGCCAAUGGACGGCUCAAAACAUAUGGAUCCUAUUGAUCAUUGCGUUGAGCUAUCGACUGGAAUGCAUUCUUUGCCGUGCUCUUCGGCAGCGGUAUCAAUCGUUCAACGACCACGAGAAGGCCCAAGAAGCCGCGCAGAAGCAGGAGAAUGCCUUGUUCGAGGUGGACACGGUCAUUGAACGGGUUCUCCAGAACGGAAUCGCGCACCUGUUUCCCCUGUCGCUAACGACCUGUGUCUCUGCGGUGCUGGCAUUGCACAUUGAAAGCGCCCUCCAGCCAAACAUCUCCCCCGGCCAGAAGUUUGUGACCCGGGCUCGGAUCCACACGGGACUGACAUACAUGCGGGAGACGUGCGAGUACUGGGGUGCGCUGAAGUGGACGCUGCGCAUGUUGGAAGUCAUCGUCGAGCAAACCGGGCUGUCUGCGACCCCGACCGCGAAACCCGUCGCCGAUGCCGACGGUUCCAACACGACCGAUCCUCCCCGAAGUCCACAGUUCCCCAUCUCGUUCAGCGAGGUGGACGACACGCUGAACCUGGGCGUGGAUGACCUGUGGGGUCCGCUGAUGCGCCGGGACGAUGACUGGGUCCAGGAUUUCCUGGGCUCGAACCUCCUGAGGCCGGACACGGAUUUCGACCUGUGA